GUUGUAACUCAAAUCCAAAAGGAAUAUGAAAGGUUGAUAUACAUUGUUUCUUUUUUUCCCAAAGUUAUUUCCGAAAAUUAAAAAUGUGGGAGUGAAAAGCGUAAUGUGUAGACAACGAAGAAAGGAAUAUAUUUUCAAAAAUUCCGCUUUCUUUCAUCUAACAAACAAUUCGGAGACUUUGUUUUUUUUUUUUUCAAUCCAUAGAAGACAUCAGCUUCUCCAUUGUUAGGGUUUCAUCUGUUUCUUCUCUCAAAUCAGGUUUGAUUGGUCUACUUUGGAGAAUUGUGUUGUGGUAUGCGAUGUGAUGAUUUAAGAUAGGUAUUAGGUUCUGGCUUGAUUUUUGGAUAGAGCUUUGUUGUUUGUGGUUGGAAUUUUGGAAGGUUAUAUAGCUAAGUUUUGCUGGAAAUGAGUGUAGUUGGGUUUGAUGUGGGAAAUGAGAACUGUGUUAUAGGAGUUGCAAAGCAACGAGGAAUUGAUGUAAUAUUAAAUGAUGAAUCGAAUCGAGAGACACCAGCGGUGGUGUCGUUUGGUGAGAAACAAAGGUUUAUUGGUGCAGCUGGAGCUGCAUCGGCUACUAUGAACCCGAAAUCAACUAUUUCGCAGGUAAAGAGGUUGAUUGGUAGGAAAUAUAGGGAGCCUGCUGUUCAGAAAGACUUGAAAUUGCUUCCGUUUGCGACCUCUGAGGGACCGGAUGGUGGCAUUUUGAUUAAUUUGCACUACAUGGAUGAGAAGCAUAGUUUCACUCCUGUUCAAAUUAUGGCAAUGCUAUUUGCACAUUUGAAGCAAAUUGCUGAGAAGAAUCUGGAAACGGAUGUUUCAGAUUGUGUUAUUGGCAUACCUUCAUACUUCACAGAUUUACAGAGACGUGCUUAUUUGAAUGCAGCAGAAAUCGCUGGGUUGAAGCCAUUGCGAUUGAUGCAUGAUGGCACUGCAACUGCACUGGGUUAUGGUAUAUACAAGACUGAUUUUUCAGCUGGGGGUCCAACAAAUGUUGUGUUUGUUGAUGUUGGUCAUUGUGAUACUCAAGUUGUUGUAGCGUCAUUUGAACCUGGUCAUAUGAAGAUAUUAUCUCAUGCUUUUGAUAGCGCCUUGGGUGGGAGAGACUUCGAUGAAGUUUUAUUCAGACAUUUUGCUGCAAAUUUCAAGGAACAGUACAAUAUUGAUGUUUAUUCAAAUGCUCGGGCUUCUAUAAGAUUGAGGGCUGCAUGUGAGAAACUGAAGAAAGUUUUAAGUGCAAAUCCAGAGGCUCCACUUAAUAUUGAGUGCUUAAUGGAUGAGAAAGAUGUAAAAGGUUUCAUCAAAAGAGAAGACUUUGAGAAGCUUUCAUCAGAUUUGUUGGAGAAGAUAAGCAUUCCUUGUCGUAAAGCUUUACUUGAUUCUGGUUUGACUGCUGAAAGGAUUCAUACUCUUGAGCUUGUAGGAUCAGGUUCUCGAAUUCCAGCUAUGGGAAGAAUUUUAAAUUCUGUUUUCAGAAAAGAACCGGGGAGGACAAUAAAUGCUAGUGAGUGUGUUGCACGUGGAUGUGCUCUUCAAUGUGCGAUGCUCAGCCCCAUAUUUCGUGUUAGAGAGUACGAGAUUCAGGAUUCGUUUCCUUUCUCCAUUGGGUUUGCAUCUGAUGAGGGCCCAGUUUGCACCCUAUCAAAUGGCGUAUUGUUUCCAAAGGGCCAUAGUUUUCCGAGCAUGAAAGUGCUCACAUUGCAAAGGAGCAACAGUUUCCACUUGGAAGCAUUCUACACUAACCAGAAUGAGUUGCCACCUGGUGUAUCCGAUAAAAUAAGCAAAUAUACGCUUGGCCCAUUCCAGGUUCCUCAUUCUGAAAAAGCAAAGGUCAAAGUCAAAAUUCAAUUAAACCUCCAUGGUGUUGUUACAGUAGAAUCGGCUUGGCUGAUCAAAGAUCAAUCAAGUCAUUCUACGUCGGAAAAUAAUAUUGAUACUUAUGCAGAAAAUAUGGAGGGAGAUGAUACAAGGAAAAGUAAGGCCGUUAAGAGACAGGAUAUUCCUGUCAGUGGAAGUGUUGAUGGUGGAAUGACCCUCAUGGAGCUAUCCCAAGCUAAGGAAAAGGAACGCCAGUUAACGGAGCAAGACAUAAAGGUGGAGCGAACUAAAGACAAGAAAAACACCCUGGAGGCAUACGUCUAUGAAACUCGUAAUAAGCUUUUGAAUACCUACCGGAGCUUUGCUACGGAUUCGGAGAGGGAGGGUAUCUCUUGUAAUCUACAACAGACUGAAGAAUGGCUCUAUGAAGAUGGAGAUGAUGAGUCUGAACAAGUUUAUGCAGAGAAGCUGGAGGAUCUUAAAAAGAUGGUGGACCCUGUGGAGCAUCGAUAUAAGGAAGAAGAGGCGCGGGCACAAGCAACACGACAUCUAUUAAAUACCAUUGUGGAACAUCGAAUGGCUGCAGGAUCACUUCCAGCCAGUGAGAAAGAAGCUGUCACUAAUGAAUGCCAUAAAGCAGAGCAGUGGCUUCGAGAUAAAUCCCACCAGCAGGAGACAUUGCCCAGAAGUGCUGAUCCAGUAUUGUGGUCUACUGAAAUCAAGAGAAAGACCGAGGCUUUUGAAGCGAUGUGUAAGCAUGUAACGAGGCACAAGUCAUCGCCCCAAAAGACUGAGGAUGGUUCAGGUUUAAACCCCAGAAAUAAAAGGGAAGAUGGGAUGGAUGUAGAUUAAACUGCAUCAGAGACAAGUAUGAUAGCAGGCAUGAGAAAUGAUCAGAUUAGUUGUUACUGAGGCUGGGGAAACACCAGCCACUAGAGGCCUAUUGCGAGUUAUCUCCGGUAUUUAAAUCAAAUCACAUUCUCUAUUUUGGGUAGAAUCAUUUGUUAUUUACUCAAAUUUCACGUUUCUCGUGAUGUGUUAUCUUGUGGCCUCAAAAUUAAUUAUUGCAGAGUUUCUGCUGCUAUUGUAGUUUUUAACAGCUUAUAGGAGGCAGCACAUUCUGUACUUGGAUAUUGAGAAAAAACUAAAGAUUUUUCAUCCGUUUUGUUCUGAUUGUUCUCUAUUGUGAGUAGCGCAACAGCCUUAGGGGGUGUUUUGGUUGCGGAUAAAGUUAGAUAGGAAUUGUAAUGCAACAAUUGUAACACAUGGAUAAAUAAUCAUUUCAUUAUCUGGUGCAUACGUAUUCAUAAUUUUUGGCAA